AUGCUUUCCAACAGAACAGCCCUUCGUCUGUGCUCGAGGGCGUCUCGGCCUUCCACUUCCGCCGUUGCUGUCCCUGCCCGUCGGCUCCAAGGUAUAAGGGUGCGAGCGCAAUCUAACAUUGCCGCAAAUACCAGGCAAACUCCCUCCCAUAAGACUAUAUAUACCCAGCCAGCCCACCAUGCUCGACUACUCUCCAACACCGCUCGUCUAUCACAAUCAAACAGCUCCUACGAACCCCUCUCCUUAAAAGAAUACAAAUUCGAAGACAUAAACUCCGCCUUACCAACCCAAGACUCUUCCUCGCCAUCCUCAAAACCAAAUAUAAUCCUAAUCGAUGUCCGCGAACCCCCCGAACUCGAAGCAACAGGCAUCAUCCCUUCCGCCCUUUCCAUACCCAUCGGAUCCCAGACAGACGCCAUGUUCUUGACCCCGGACGAGUUCUUGACUCGUUUCGGCUUCCCGAAGCCAGGGACUGAGGGAGGUGAUGAUAAUACUACUGCCAAAAUGGUGUUUUACUGCAAGGCUGGCAUUCGGGCCCGGACGGCGGGCGAACUGGCUGUUAGAGCGGGAUAUGAUGCUGACAGAAUCGGGGUUUAUGAUGGGAGUAUUUUGGACUGGGAGAAGAAUGGUGGGCGAGUAGAGAGGUGGGAUGGGCCUGAGAAUUGA